ACGUCAAAUUAAUAAAGACAACGUGUAUUUAAUCCCUGUCUUGCGUGGAAUGAAUGAAGAAAUUGUUUGCUAGGAGAUAAAACUGUAGUUUUAAAAUGUGUAAAAUAUAUUAAUUUAUGUAUAUAAAUAAUUGAGUUAAAGGCAACAAAAUUCCUUUUAAAACACUAAAUUAAAGGUUAAAAAAGUUUUUAUCAUGGUUUUGUUAGCGAACGAAGAGUUUUUGACUGAGCUUUCGAAACUAUUCCAAAAAGCUCGAGUAUCGGGAUCAGUUACAAUGACAAUGAAAAGAUAUGAUGGCAGAACUAAACCAAUGCCGCGAGAUGGAACUCCAGUUGUUAAGAAUCCAGAGUUUAAGUGUCUAGUUAGGGCACAGUCCGGCAGCAAGAAAAUAUCUACUGUUAUAGAACAGCAGGACGUUGAAAAGUUUACUUCUGCAUACUCAAACCUGUUAAAAACUAGUGUAAAUGGGCUAAAACGUUUAAAGAAGCCUAAGAAAAAAGCAAUGGCGGCUCAGUAAAUUAUUUUAAACGUGCAUCAAAGACUGAAAUAAUAUAAUUUAUAGUGAAGUGUUUAUGAAAUUACUGCAGUGUGCCACCAUUCAUGCCAGGCGUGUUGGAUGAGGUCCAUUGAAGUAUGCUCUUCUCUCUGUGAGAUGAUGAGUUGGAGUCUUGUCUGUUUGGCUGGUGACCGUGGUGCUCGUGUCACUGACCAUCUGUCCAUUCUCCCCAUUUAUAUAUUAAAGAUUUUAACAUUUUUGAAAUAAAUACAGCUGGUUCUCA